AUGACAGAAAGCAAGUCUGUUGUUGGACUUUCGUGGGCUCCAAAGAUUCAGACGGUACCUUCUGAAACUAAAAGAACAUUCGAAGCAUCCAAACACCUGCCACAGAUUUCAGCUUUCAAAAGUGGAAAUGAACUUGUGGACGGAUUGUUCGUCCCCCCCAGGGACCCAAGAAAGUUGAAUAAGCUGACAAAGAGGAGCGUGAAAGAUACAUCUGGAAAAAGCUGGUACCUGAAUGUUUCAAAGCUAUAUUUGUAAUUUUGUUAAAUGUUAUAAUGCCUGAAAUCAUUCAUCAUGUUCUUCAGGUUCGACAUGCCUGCUCCAACUAUCACUCCCGAAGUAAAGAAAGAUCUAGAGAUCCUGAAGGUGUGUUUCAUAAUACUCUUUUGAAGGUCUAGAGAUCCCUUAUUUAGGUUUGCCUGAUAAUGUUCAGCAAUGAUUUUGGAAUAAGAUUUUUUCUUCUAGAAAAUGCUUUGCAGUUACAUAGAAUCAGAGUGGUAGAAUUGAAUGCCCAAAGAGGAUGUGAUACCGACACCAAUUAGUUAGGUUCUGGUGGAUGAUGAUUGAAAUGAUGAUCUUUCUGUAUUGCGUUUUCUAACGUCUGCUGCAAUCAUCGGACAACGGAUGAAUGUUGCAAUCCUUAUUUUUGUGAGGGCUUGAACUUCAUUGAAGUAUGCUUAGCUAUAUGAAGAUUCAAGCUACGAUUCCAAAAGUUGGUUUGUUUGAAUUGAAAUCAAUCAUUUCCAAUCUGACUCUAAUGAAAAAAUCUUAAUUGCUCUGGUAAGGGAAGAGAAUAAACAAUAUCAAACGUUCUUGCAUGGCAGCUGCGCUGGAUUUAUUUGGGUGGGAAGUAAUAAAUAGAAGAUCCUCAUAACUGUCAUAGAUCCUGUUGAUUAGCUGUUUUAUCAGAAAUUCAAUUUUGGACGCCUUUAGAUUUGGUAAUAUAUCAUUUUUGUAAUCUUCUUUCAGCCUUUUAUUUGUCCGUACUGAUUAUAUCACAAUAGGUAAUCCCCUCAAAUUCAGUUGCACUCAUAGUACAAAUGACAAAUAUUUCUGAGACUUUUUGGAAAUAACCAGCUGAGAUAUGCGCAGAACUUGCCAUUUUUGCUCCAUUAAAACACGACAUGGCAUAAAAUCGCACCAUCUUAUUCAAUUCAGGUCAACACAAGUGCUCCAUAAAGCUUGCUUCUUGAGACACGAAUUCAUACUGUGAGAAAAAAAUUAUUGCCUUUCAUAAACAUUGGCAUCCUCCACUUUUUUGAUUUUCUUCUUGACAUUCCCAACCUAAUCACAAUUCUUCACUUAACAUUUGAUGGAUCCAAAUAUUUCGGAGAAUUUUAUUUUUAGGCUUUUUGGAACAUGUUCGUGCUACAUUAUCUAUAUACUUAUUAUUAUCAAUAAAUAAGUUUUCGGAUGGGUUAUAUUUGAAAUGGGAGGAUCUGCGACUGGUUAGUCAAUUUAUUUGUAAGCUCCUCAAGCCAAUCAACAAAUGUAUGCAAGCAUUCUAUCUAGCUACAUUAUGAUUCAUUUCAUUUCAGACCACUGAUGGUGUUUAUCUUGCAGCUGAGAAGUGUUAUCGACCCAAAGAGGCACUACAAAAAGGGGGACUCCAAGUCAAAGACUCUCCCAAAAUAUUUCCAGGCAAAUUGCUUGUUCCAUUCUCUGAAGAUGUAGCACUUUACAUCCUGUGAAGAUGAUCCCAAUUUCGCUCCUGGUGGUGUGCAGCUGGGCACCGUGAUCGAAUCCACAUCCGACUUCUUCUCAGGCAGGUUGACCAAGAAGGAGAGGAAGUCAACAAUCGCCGGUGAACUGCUUUCGGAUCAUUCCCUCCGGACAUACAGGUCACCAUUCUACACCGCAGGGAGAUCAAGGAUCUUCCGCUUUGGGAUUUGGAUGGCAUUUUAGUAAAUAACUAGAAAUUGCCCUUUUGGAUUAUCGUGACUCCUUCCUUGAUGAGCGUCCUGUUCCUUUCUGCAGGAAGCGGAAGGUCCGAGAGAUCGAAGACGCCCUGCGGCCCGCGGGGAACGACAAGUGGAAGAUCAGGGGCCGGCAGACUCAGAAGCGCGCCAAGGAGAGGCGGGAACCGAGAAGCAAGCAUGGAUAA